AUGCCACCCCACGAAGGUCUCGUCCAUCUGGAAGAGUACGACUGGCGCGAUUCCAACGUUGCGCUGAUUAACUCUGAUAUUGAUCACAAAGUCAAACAUCAGUCCGCUUCUACGGAGCCAGCCUGGAACAACGGCGUCAUCGGGCGCGAGCCGGGCCUAUUUAUCUGGCGCAUUGAAGCUUUCGAGGUCGUGCCUUGGCCCAAAGAGCAGUAUGGCUCGUUUCACGAAGGCGAUUCCUACAUCAUCCUGCAGAGUGAGCGGGUAAAGAAAGCUGCAGACGAACAAGGAGGUGAUGAGGACCAGGACAAGCUGGUGCAUGACAUCUACUUUUGGUUGGGAAACCAUACCAGUCAAGACGAGGCUGGAACAGCAGCGUACAAGACAGUUGAGCUGGAUGAAUUUCUCCACGGAACAGCGAUCCAACAUCGAGAGCUGCAAUCGUCACCUUCAGAUUCCUUUUCGGCAUUGUUCCCGCGCCUGAAGAUCUUGCGAGGUGGGGUACGUUCCGGUUUUACACAUGUCGAGACCAAUGAAGAGCCGAGACACACCGACACGCUGCUGCGUAUCUUCAAGCACCCAAGUGCUGGCGCUGGUCGCGAAUAUGUCUUAGUUCACGAGGUUGAGCCAACAUGGCAGAGCCUGGACGAGGGCGAUGUUUUCGUUCUCGACAAGGGCGACAAAAUCUUUGUGUGGCAGGGCAAGAAUUGUGCACCGAUGGAAAAAUUGAAGGCGGCACAAGUAGUCAACGACAUGACUAUUGCGAAGCAUGUGGAGGUGGAGGUCCUGAGUCAAGCAGAGUCGCGAUCCAAAGUAGUGGUAGAUUACCUGGGCGGCGGGGACAUCAAUCCGCUGGAAACGACGUUCAAAGCUCCCAGACCAGUGUCUAGCGCAACGGAGCGCGAAGCGAAGAAGUUGUUCCGGCUAAGCGACUCUGAAGGUCAACUCUCAUUCAGCCUUGCCAAGGAGGGAAAUGGAAUUGGGAUAGAGGAUCUGGACGGAAACGAUGUGUACCUGUUGGACGCGGGAAGGACCGUUUGGGUUUGGGAAGGGAGGGACGCGAGCAGGGCAGAGAAAGCAAUGUGGCUGAAAGUUGUGCAGCGAUAUGUCGCGCAACAGGAAGACGCGGCCGGAGUAUCUUUUGCGAAAGUGUCGCAAGGGAACGAAGGCAGGGCCUUCGUCACCGCUCUUCAGGCAUAG